CUGCACUUUCAGUUGUAGAGGCUACAAGUAGUUUCAGAUGUGUUCUUAAUCUUUGCGAGAUCCCAAGGGGGUUUAAAGUUGAUCUCUUUGUGCGUCUUAAGAAUGGAUGCAUUUACUGAAGCCCUUAUCAGUCAUGCUGGUUUAAUGUUUUGACGAAGCGUCCAAAAUGAGCUCGGGAAAUUGGCAGGUUUUGUGGUCUCCGAGUCAACAAGAUAAGUUUAUCACGUUUGGGAACGAGAUAUGCCUGUACAAGGUCACUGGAUCACAGGUAAACUUUUAUUUUUAAAGCCUUGCGACAAGAACAUUAGUUAGAUUAGUUAGUUAGUUUUAUUACGGCAAAUGGUAGCUUAAUCUUUCCUCCAAUGUUAAACAAGAAAAAAAAAAUUGUUUUACAUGUCUGGGCAGAUCAGAUCUGCAGUGAGAAGCACUGAGCCUGAGGUUGCAGCUUAUCAAAGCCUGGUAAAAUUCCAGAUGUUCAAGGGGCACUUUCCAUUCAACCAAAAGGUCCAGUUUGAAUUUAAGGCAACUUCCAGUGGUGAAUGGAACAGCAUUUUCCAAAAUUUCCAAAGUGAGGCCAACCUCGCAAGGUGUACCCAAAGUUUUGGGAACUUUUUCCUGAAAGUUUUCUUUCCAUUCAACUUUGCUCCUGGAAUUUCUAGAAUUUUUGGUUGAGUGAUUCGCAUUUCACAAAUUCAACAGUAUCUGUAAUUUCUGGAAACUUGUUUGGGGAAUGUUCGUACCAUUUGCCACUGUUUCCAAAUUUUAGAAAGUUUGGUUGAAUGGAAAGCGCCCAGGGUUUUCUCCUUUUCCUUACUUCCAUAUUUUUCUGAUAUGCUGGGAAAACCCCAGUGGCCAUUGUGAGCUGAACAACACUUUGUCAGGGUAAAAUUUUGGCAUGCGACAUAGUAGGGUGCAAAGAAAGUCAGUUUUACAGCCUGCCAUUUGGGCAAGAUGUAGCUAGCAUGUACUAGCCCAAAAGUCAUUUCAGCUAGCCCCAAAACCCUUCUUGAUUAACAGGAUUGAUUACAAUCGUUCUGUAAUAUUGAAUUUCCCCCCAAAACAGCACUUACCCAGCGGGCAAGUUAAGAACAAAAAAAUAAAGCUGUGUCACUCCAGUUAAAUGGUGGAAAAUACAGUAGACAAUGUAAGGUGAUGCCAUCUGGACCACCAGAAUAUAUCCAUCCUGCUUUCAUUCCGGUAACCGUGCUGAAGUGUUCAAGUGGCAAAAUUUCCAGUCCACUUACCGAGAUUUCCGGAACUGAGCCAGCCCGGCAUUUAAUAUGAACACAUCGAAAAUUUUACAGUGGAUUUAGAGGUUAGGCGAGAUCUCGGAAACCGGGCCAGCCCAGUCAAUUGGGCUCAUGUGAAGAAGCCAUUAGGCAGUGCCUCCAUUUCUCCUCAAUCAAGAGGAAGAUGGAAGGUGUCUCUGCUCACUGGGUGAGGCCAAAGGUGCGCACAUCUUAAAAGUCUUUUUCAUGUAGAUGUUUGAAAAGUUUUGCUCCCAGAAUACUUUUUUAUUGGCUUUAGAUGAACUUACAUUACUGUAUUGUUAUGAGUGCUUGUUAUAUAAAUUCAAAUCUAUAACCUGUUUGGCUUUUCCUUUCAGGAAAGUCCACCCAAGGCUGCCGGUGUAAGGAACCAGGGUACAGUUAGAACAGUUAGUUCAGUAUCUUUAUAAACAUGGAUAUGAUUCAGAGAAAAUAAGACUUUUUGAUAAUAGGCUUUCUACAUUUUAUUGACUUACGAAAGGAAUGAACAUACACUAUCGAAUCGAAUGAACAUACACUAUCGAAGAUAAAUUUAACAUUGAUGCAGGUAAGCAUGUUUUAGCCAUGUGUUUAAACUAGGAAUUAUUUUGAAUGAAUAAUAAAGCAAUUAAUGAAUUCGGCUUUCCUAGGAUAUGAAGAAUUAAGCAGAUCGAGGAGGGUGUUGUCCACAGAGGGUGAAGGCCGAGAUGGAUGGCACCCUCCAAGAUCUGCUUAAUCCUUCAUAUCCUAGGAAAGCCGAAUUCAUUAAUUGCUUUAUUAUUCAUUCAAAAUAAUUCCUAGUUUAAACACAUGGCUAAAACAUGCUUACCUGCAUCAAUGUUAAAUUUAUCUUCGAUAGUGUAUGUUUAGGUUUGUCCAUCUCUGCAAAUAUUCUCCAAAUAGCAGAUGUUGCCUUCCGAGUUGUGUUCUUGCUGUUUUUGCUAUGUUUUUAGCCAUUAUUUCGCCUAGUUCCAGCUGUAGUUCUUACUCUUGAAACAAGUGAAAUGUCCAAAAACAACUCAACCUCGUCCCCAGGUCUUCUUGGUUAAUGGUGCAUUAACCUGUAGAAGGCUGUAUUUUUGACAUCAUUUCCUCGAUAACACAAAAUUCUUCCAAAUUUGGUCAUCAGUAACUGGUUAUGGUGAAUUAUGCAUGUGCUUUUAGCCAAUCUCAACUGGGGGAAAAUUUUGAAUGAAUAAUAAUUUAUAAUUAAUUGAUUUAUUACGUUUAUAAAAUUAUUUUAUUUAUUUACUUAUAAUUUAUUUAUGUUGAUCGAACCUUUGACAUUCACAUUCACAGCAAAAAUUUCUAAUGAUUAUUUUCAAAUUAUAACGAGCCCACAAUUCUACUACUUGGAACAAACUCCAGUAACAUAUGUGAUUUGCUAUUUCAGUGAUUCAACUGUCUGAUGACACUUAUGCUUCACUGGUAUCUGUUUUGACUGACAUACAAUAUCUAAAGGUAACAACAUUUUGUUUAUUACCGUACUGUCUCAGUUACCAGGGUAUUUAAUCCCAUAAUGAUCCUCAAUUUACCUUUCUGGUCACAUGUGUUAUCUUGCCCUGGUGAUUAUUAUGUGAUUCUUGACUUGUUGAUUAUCACUAAAAAGGUGUCAACUAACCCGAGGACAUUGUGCCUUAAACUCCCAGUAUCCCCAUACAAAUUCUCUUGACUGAUCCCAUACAUUUCCUUAAAGAAUAGUAGAGAGAAUAGGCCUUUUUGGUAAACACGAAAACAGUUCACUUUUGAAAAAUGUCAUAACCUUUUGUUGGUUUAAUUCAUAGCAGGCACUUUGAGCCCUUAAAUGCAUAAGGGAAAGAUUUGACGACAGUUUGAAAAUUUCAAAACUUACAAGGAUUUGAAUGGAAAACCAUUCAAGCAUGACUAGGUGGCAAGAGUUGUUAUUCUCAUACAAAUCCAUCUAAUUUUCAGUGGCUGUUACAAUCACUACUUUUGAGAUAUAUGGCUAAAAAUUUACAGGUUACCUAAUAAUAUUCUCUUUCAGCUCAUGCUAACAAAUUCAAAAGCAAACUGUUCUCGUGUUGACCGAAAGUUAAUCACAUGAUCAACUAAUGCAAAAGAUCUAUUUGAUUGAAGGUGAUAGCUCUUACCUUUUGGGAUCAUUUCAUUAAUUCUCAUAACUUUUCCUCUUGAUUUUGUAUGGAUAUUGAUAGGAGAAAAUUGAUGUUGGUCACUCUUGGAACUUUCCUGGCCUUGGCAAAGCCCCUGAAACUCAAGUCAAAUAUGAAACCAUGAACCCAUUCACCCUUGAGCUGCCCGUAACCACCCCCUUGCUGAUGCAUGCUCCUUCUACAGGGUUGUCAAAAGUAGCCGGCUGCCUGUGAAAAUCGCGGCCUUCUUGGUUAGUAUCAGCCGGCUACUCUGCUUGGCAUUUCUUUACGGACAACGUUUUUCAAUUAAAAUCCCUGUACUGGCUGUUUACUUUGACACCUCAGCCAUCUACUUCAAAACUUUCUGAUAACCCUGCUUCUACUGCUUGUGACAUCAUCAGUUGUAAUGGUCAAGGACAACUUUGUCAUCUAACUUGUGCAGAGUGAAGAUCUUUCAAUCAUAUCAGAAUGAGCACAAUUCAGUCAAGGACACCUAAAAUCUUGUUUCACUAUGCUCCUACCUUUCCUUUCAUCUAAUCCCAAGAUCCUAAAAGCUUUCAUAAAGGCUUUUCCUGCCAAAAUGAAGCCUACUAAAUGCCCAUCAUUUUCUUGAUUCAAAAAUGCAAAAAAAGAAGGAGUGAGAAAAAGCAAAAAAUAAAAGUCAAGACUGCUGUCAGUGUCACUUUUAAACCCCAAAUUUUGCUUUCUGUGUGUGCCUGAACUUCGUAAGCUAAUAUCUAGUUUGCAUCUGGAUCAAAAGCCUGGGAAGUGUACUACCUGUAAAUGGCUUUAUGGUAAGUUUUAGCUCUUCGUAGCACAACAGUGAUCAGAAAACUGCUCGACUAGCUUCAAAACGAGUUUUUUGGCAAAAUCUCCAGGGACGAAGGAGUUUAAAUCUCUGCUUAUAAACUGGUAAAAAUCUGAAAUGGCUACAUUUAUUACUGUAGAUGUUUUCAGAGCAAUUAUGACGUCCAUUAAUUCCUUUGUAACAGUGUGUUGCAUGGUACCCAAGUUCAGAGCCAGAGAAUUUAAUAGCUGUUGGUCAGGCAAAUGGCAGAGUACUGGUUACAUGGUAAGAAACUGUCAAUGUGUUAUUAUGCAAAAGGGUAUGAUCUAUUUUUUGUCAAGAAAUGGAAAGGAGUUGCCUUGAUUUUAUCAGUUUGCAUCCUGGUAUGUUUUUAUUGUCCUCUCCGAUAUUUGUAAUUACAACGUAUUUUGUUAUUGAUAGGAAAGUUAUUUUGCUCUUAUCUUUCCUAUAUGAGAUCUAUGGAAUUAUUGCUUUCCCACUUCAAAACUUUAAUACAGAUUUCCUCAUUGUUUUUCAGCAUUGGGAGUGAAAACAAUACCUCAAACUUUGGAAUUUCCAGAGAAUUUGGUAAUGAGAAUUUAGUUAAGAGAAUAGUUUUUUAAUGGUUACUUGAUUUUUAUUCUUCUUUGAAUAGUUAUUAUUUUAUAAUUAUCAUUAUACACAAUAAUAUCAUUGAAACAGUUAAGCUCAUAGAAUAAUAAUAUUUUAUUCUCUUACUCCAAGUUCCCAGGCAUUCACGACAAUGUAACAGUCUUGCUUGGAAUCCAGUAAAAAAUAAUUUGGUGAGUCCAAUAAUUUGUCUUCUCCUUGUCCCUUGUCCAACAUGAUAAUGCCAUCUUUGACUGGCCAAAUUAGACAAUAAUGUGCUACAACUAUUUAAGUCCACUCUGAGGCCUAUUUUGUACCAAAAUGAGUGUGUGAUCUUGGUUUGCUUAAUACUUUUGCAAGAUUAAUUUUGUAUCGGAAUGAAGUUCUCACUUCAACGCAGCAACUGGGAUUAACUGCACUAUUACAUGUAUGGCUUCUUCUGUUGUGAUAUUUUCUGGUGUCAUCAAUAUAUAAAUGAUGCACAGCCAUAGAAAGAACUGGGGUAAACUUUGGCAUGUCGGUAUGAAUAUCUACCCCUGUGUCAAUGAUGUAAACACCCAAUAUUAUUAUUGGUGGUUCCAACAGUGUGAAGAGUGGACUGUGGUAAAAUUGCAAAAUGAAAUGUGUUUUGAGCAGUAGUGUGGAGAAUGUAUUUUCCAUUAUUUCUUGAGAAAGGCUUAGAAAGAAAAAUAAUGUAGGGGUGCGUAAAAUAAGGCCCUAAAUGACUCUUCAUCUAAUACCAAAUUCUCACAACUACAGCAAUUUUUUGGCUGUUGACUAAAAGUACACUUCACACACAAUCUCUUUUUUGGGGGGUUGCAUUGAUUUUUAAAGCUAUGAUAACUAGGUAUCAACUUUUAUACUUCUUGCUCUAUUUUAGCUGGCUGCAGGAUUGGACAAAGUCAGGAAUGAUGUUUCUCUUCUUGUUUGGGACAUAAAAAUUCAACUUAGUAAGUAAAGAAAUGUUUUUCUCCAGGUUUAGGCAUGAUUUUCUCAAAAGAUGGUUAAUAACUUUAACAAAAUUAGGUUAGCAUUAGUUUCCCUUCAAGUAACUGGGCCCAGUGAGACAAAUAAUACAGAUGUAUAGUUAUUCCUUUUAGUAGUAGAGAAUGAACGUCAAAUAGGAAGGGCUGAAAGGUAAUACAUGCAGGGCAUGGACUUCGGUAUAAUGCAGAGGCCAUGGGUUUGAAUCCCAUUGAAGUGCCAAAAUUUUUUUCGGGUUUAUUUGCAAUUUCUUAACUUGCAAUUACCACUGCAAUGAUCAUAUCUGUUUUUAAACUUUGUAUUUUCUGCAUUUCACAUCAUCUUCAUGUUUCAUUCCUUUUACGGGUUAAGGUGAACUCAACAAAUUGGCCUUCUCCCAAUGUAUGGGUCUUCAUAGCUCAAUUGGUAGAGCACUGCAGCGCUAACUCAGAGGCCAUGGUUUGAAUCCCGUUGAAGUUCCCAAAUUUUUUUCUGGUUUAUUUGCAAUAGGCCUCUUGCACUUAGAGGUAAUGACCAAUGCUUCCUUUAAACAAUGACUUGGAAUCCUGUUGAUGACAAAAAUUGACAGAGCGCAUAAAAGUUAUGUUACACCCGAAAUUUGAGAAGAAAUGCAUUUAAGGGAGAUAUUUUAUGGCACUUUGAUUUUUCAACAAAGUAUUAUGAUAUUUGCUGCCAUGUUGGAGGGCAUACUCGAUCUUGCCCUCCAACAUAGCUGCCAAAACUACUUUUUGCUUGUAUCUUGUUAAACAUUUUGAUAGUUCCCCUCAGAUGUGCUGUAAACAUUACCACAUCAUCUUUUCAACAAUUUUCUUGAAGUUAAAGUGUAAAAUUUCUGUUCAGAAAGAGGUAACUCAUAGUUUCAAAAAUCACAUUUUGGUCACGUGACCAGCUACAAACUCACUCAUUUUAAGAAAAUGGGGAGGGUUUGAAAAACUAAAUCACUAUUAUUUUGUUUAAGAUAUGACCCACUAAUAGUUUUUUGAAGGCAAAAUCAUAUAACUUUCAUUUUCAUAAAAAUGAUGUCACCUGACCUCUUAGUGCAAAUGCCCUAUAUUUGCUUAAAUUGCAAUUACCACUGUGACAAUCAUAUCUUCAUUUAAAAUUUGAAAGUGGUAUUGUGAAAAAAAAAUAGGCCUAGGCCCAGACCCUAAAUCACCAAGUUCAGAGAUUUGUUAUACAAAUAUGAAAAUAUAUACGGUUGUUUUCUGUUUGUUUUUAGGUGUUAGGGACAGUGGGAAUCAAGAGAAAAGGUCAGGAUAUGCACACUAAUUUGUGUAACGAGAUCAUUAUUGUUAUGUGGAGGAAAACUUGUUAUUAAUAACUUGUUAAUUAAUUAGCUGCCACCCUCAGGGAAAUAGAAAGUGGCCGCUUAAUAGGGGUUGGCCUCUUAAUAUGGGUUUGUCAGGAAUUGUUCUAAAACAUUAUUAACAAUGAAUGAGGCUGAGUAUCUUAUGAAGAAUUAUAUGAAGAUGGAGGAGGGUGUUAUCCAUCCAGGCCAUAGGCAGAGGCCUCCGAGAUCUUCAUAAUGCUCCAUAUGAUAUGAAAGCCGAAUUCAAUAAUUGGGCUAAAACAUGGUUACCUCCAUCAAUCCAUCAAUUUUCAGUUCAUCUUCAAUAGUGCACGUUUGGGUUUGUCCAGCUGCGCAAAUAUUCUCCAAACAGCAGAUGUCGCGCUCCGAGUUGUCUUCUUGCUGUUUUUGCUAUGUUUUGAACUAUUAUUUCGCCUAGUUCCAGCUGUAGUUCUUACUCUUGAAAUGAGUGAUAGUGUCGGCCAUUUUUGUUUUCACAAACAAAACAACUCAACCUCGUCACCAGUUCUUCUCAGUUAACGGUUCAUUAACCUGUAGAAGGCUGAAUUUUUGAUGUCAUUUCCUUGUUAAACACAAAAUUCUUCCAAAUUUGGUCAUCAGUAACUGGUUAUGGUGAAUUAAACGUGUGCUUUUAGCCAAUCAGAAUCGGGGAAAUAUUUUGAAUGAGUAAUAAAGGCUUUUAACAUCUGUUGCACGUAAUAAAAUGUUUAAAAUUCGCACAAAACCAAUUUUAAGAGAAUCCUGCCAAAAGGUCUCAACAUGAGCUAGGUAAAGUUAUGCUUUGCAUUAAUAUUUUGAGUAUUUUUACAGUCAGUUUAAUAUUGCUUAGUAAACAUGUAAUAUUAAUCACGUAAAGAGAACAGUAAACUUGAGUUUAAAUGUAUUUUAUCAUUCAACACUUUCUAUUUCGGAUUGCUUUUUGUCAUUGCCUUAUCAAAAACAACCAAACCAUGCAUAUUGAAGUUUGGAUGAUGGCAUUUUGUUAACAGGGGUUGCUGCUAAUAAAAGUACUAAACCAUUCAGAAAAAAAACUUUUUGAGGCUAUCGUGGUUUUCUGGUCACUGUCGUGCUAUAAAGACCACAAACCAGUUUACAGGUUGUACACUUGGCGGCCUUCUGAUCCAGAUGCAAAAUAUCAGCUUGCGAUGGUUCGGGCAUGGGCAAAAAAUUUGUAGAUGGCAUUUUGUUAACAGGGGCAUUUAGCUGCAUUUUGGAUUUUUAGGAUUUUUUAUAAAAAAGUAUUAAACUUUUCAUGGAAAAUAAAUUUUUCUCUCUGCACAAUUUUGAUAAAACUGAUGGCCACAAAGGGUAGAAAGGACCUAUAAGGGGUGGCUGGUUAAUAGGGGUUCAACUGCAUGUCUUUUGUGGCUGGUUCUGGUCAGGGAAACUGUAUUUUUCCUUAUUUUGGGUUAGAGCUGAUCAAAACUCUCUUACUUUAUUUUAAUAUCGUAGUAGACAUUUAUUGUACCCUUUCAAAUUUUUCAGACAUUCUGGAGUUCCUGGUGGUAAACAGUCUCCUGUCACAGUAGGGGCAGGUUAUCAGGGUGAUCCAUCAGCAAUGGCCAACAGGCCUCUUGCGGAACUGUGUAAGCUUCUAUUGCUAUUUGAGUAAAACAAACAAAAUACAUUUGUAAAAAAUUUUCUUUGAAAAGAGUGAAGAACACAAAAGUUGCAAAUUAAUGAAAUGAGUGACACUUAAAUGGCUUGUAUGUAGCUGCAAAUCACCUUAAUAUGUGAUUUUAAAGAAACUGAUUUUAACAAGUGCAAUUUACAUUGACCCAACUUUAUUAGGAGUGGGGCUUGUAUGAGACACCACCCAUCUAAUGAACACUUCAUCUUACAGCACAGCUUGUACUUUUGAGUUAUGGCUGAAUGUGGGAGGUUUCUAAGCACAAAAGAAGCGUAAGGGUCGCCAAGUUCGACUCUAGAAAUGAUGUGUACUGCUAUGAGGGUACAUUAGCUUUUGUCAGCAUUCACCCAUUACUGGCAAAUAGUUGAUGGGUAAUUGACUGAUCAGAGUACAUGUUAUUAUUCAUUCUUAUCAUUUGUUUCCCAGUAACGUAAGUUCUUUUAUUUGUCUGCAGCUACAUCUGAUCCUACUCUUUCCAUGGCGUGGUCUUUGCAUGACCACAACAUGUUGAUAUGUGGACAAGCACAAAAGUUUCUUAGAGUCUUUGACAUAAGAGGUAAGUACCUUCACUGUAUCUUUGACCCCAGGUGUACAUGUCACUCCUAAUUUCGCUUUCUAAUUAGAAACUGAAAACUAGUACAACAUGUUACAAGAGGUGGCAGUUGGGGGUUAUGUUUUACUGUAAAAUUCCGAAAAUAAGCCGCGGGGCUUAUAUUUUUCAAAGGCCCUUUUUGAGGGGCUUAUGUAUGGAGGGAAAUAUGCAUUUCAAAAUCGAUUGGGCUAGCUUGUAGUGGGAAGGAAAUUUACCAUUUUUGCUUUGUUUUACUUUGUAUUCGAGAGUAAAUUCCAAGUACAAACGCCCCGGGGAGCUUAUAUUCAGAGGGGCGAUUUAACGGAGGGUUUUUUGCGUUACGAUUCUGGGGGGCUUAUAUUUGGAGGGGCUUAUACAUGGAAGGGGCUUAUUUUCAGAAUUUUACGGUAUGUAAUUAAUGGCCAACCAUAGUAUCAUAUUUAGUUCUCAGACUGACAGGAAUUAUAGCGGUUUUUGCCCCCUCCCUUUUUCUUCAUUUGAGUUUAUCCCUUGACUUAACUUUCAUAAUUAUAUAAUACAGUGACAAACCUAACAGUGAAUAAAAACUAACCAUUUUGAGUCAGUGCUGGAACCCAUAUCAGUAUGGUCAGUGCUUUGCCCUAAUCACAAUAUAAUUAUUUUGGGGGUCAAACUGCGACUGGGCAAACACGAAGGGGGCAAAACUUAGGGCGAAACUGGCUGUUUGCAUAGACAGCUGUUGGCAUAUUGUGACAUAUCACAUUGACACAUUCUGGGAGUCUCAGCUAUAAUAAUAUUAUUUUCCUCUUAUCUGUAGAAUAUUAUAAGAGUUAGUGAUCAGUUUUAAGGUUGUGGCUGUCAAGAGAAUAAAAAAAAGAAAACAGAAAUUCAGCACAUGAUGACUCAUUCACAUACAGUGUACAUAGAGAAAAUUUGCACUCAGCUCAGAACAAAUUAAAAGCAGUUCCAAUGAGUGCAGUUUUAGGUAGCAGCUAGACACUUCACUUAGCUGAGUUCUCGUUGUGGUAGAGUUAAGGCACUGGUAAUAAUCGUGUCCCACGUCCAAUUCCGUAUAAUGAUAAGAAAAUCCACUAAAAAUUCAAAGUUUGUGAAUUUUUCCAAGAGUUGAAAUUUGUAUUCAGUGUAACAGUGUCUGUUUGUUGCAGAUGCAACACGUCCUCACAAUGCAACAGUUACCAAGGCAGUGAAUGGUGUUUGUGUUGAUCCUCAUUUUGAGCACAGAAUUGCUUCAUUUUCAGAGGUUAGCGGACAAGGGGUACUUUCCACAUACUUCCCCAAAAAGUCUGAAAAUCUGAUAGUGUGAAUUAUCGAUACAUUAAUUUUCUUGGAAGGCUACUGCAAAUAAGAAAAAGAAUUGGUUUAUCCCAGAUUCAGCCAAAAAGUUCUAAAAAUUCCCGCAAAAUAUUAAAAGGAAUACAUGUCCAAAAGUUAAAAAAAAAAAACAGUUAAACUAGCCUCAUGGGAGGUGUCCUUUUCUCAUUUUAGGAAAGUUUAGACCCCCCCCCGACCUUGCUAAAAAAACUUCCAUUUGUUAUUAUGUGAUUUUUUUGUUGAACAAUCAUAAUUUUUAGUGCUUCAGAAGAGCACUUGGUGAUAUCCCAGUCUGCUUGAUGGAAAUUGCUGUGUCUUUCCAGAAGAGUUGUGGUUGAAUAACAAUAUAUUUUUUGAAAUUUUGUUAUAAAGUUGAAGCUCCCUCAGUUGACACUCUGAGUAAGUGGACAGCUGACAGUAUUUAAGAUGACCUUGACUUCAUUUGAACUCCCAUACAAACUCUGCGAACUAAACAUCCCCUUUUUCCUAAAGGUGAUGUCAUUUGAAAUGAGAUGCAUAAUUAAAGGAGCUGUGUCAUGAAAUUCAGCCAAAUUAGAAAAUUACAAAACGCCCGUUAAAUGAAGAUAAACAUAAAAAUGACCGCUUAAAACUUUAAAGGAAGGUUAAAAUAACAUAACAGAGACAACAGAUGCCACGGAUGGGCAAAACUGAAGAAGUUCGAAAUGGAUUGAAAUUAGGGUUUUUGAAAACUGUUCAGCCUAACAAUUUUUCAAAGUUGAUCCCUGGGGCUUGCAACUUCAAAAAUAAUGCUCAGGAGACAUAUUUGUUUGUCUCGGAUCUAUGAUUUGUCAUUAACAUGUAAUUUCUUUACUUACUUUAAGUUCCAUAGCAAUUGAGGGGGAAUAAUAUGCAAAAUUAAACAAAAUGAACAGGACUGCCGUGACACAGCCCCUUUAAUUUUUAAGGCAGCAAUGAUGGAACAACAUUGUAACAAACAAUUCUGCAAUGCUGUUAUUUGCUGAAAAUCAUUGUACGACUCGAUUGUCUUAUGUAACAUCACCUUUAGGCUGCAAGUGGCUGCUUUCCAGGGUCAUUCCCUUGAGCAGUCAGUUUCAGCUAUGGAAUUUUCUUUAUGGGAGCUUUAACUGUAUGAAGGAAUACUGGUGUUUAACAUCAACCCCUUAGCAUUAUAGUGAUAUCCACAUACAGUUGGACCUCUCCACAGCGGCCACCUUGGGGACAGAAGAAAGUGGUCAUUGUGGAGAGGUGGCCGUUAUGGGGAGGUAGGGGUGCAAUAUGACAAUUUAUUUUAGGGGUGUACAACAUGUUUAUUGUGCCAAUUUUCAUGCCUACUGUGUUCCAUAAUGGUAAUCCAAGCACAAAAAUGAUAUAUAGAGCUAAAAUACACAAAAAUAAUUUGAAUCAAAUCGCUAACCUGACCAAACGAGCUAGGCUCCCAACAUUUGUUUUAAGUAUUGUAGACAAUUUCAUGGUUAAUGCAGCAGUAUUAAAUGGAACACAAUCAAAAUGGUUGUGGCAAUCAUCCAUGUGCCACUCUGAUCGAUCAAAUUUCAUGACCAUCAUCAGUCACUGAAAAAAACUGGCCAUUGUCAAGAGGUUACUUUGGCAGUUGGGGACGUGCUGUAGUGGCAUCUGCAGUUGUGGAGAGGUGGCUGAUAGUGGAAGUUUGACUGUACCAAUUCUCUAGACUGAUCUCCAUAUGUUUCUUUAAAAAUUAGUUGAGAGAAUUUGUAAAAAUAUUUUCUCAUUUUAUUAAUUCUCAUGACUUUUUCCGUAAAUCAUUGUGUUAAUAUUGUUAAGAGAAAGUUGAUGUGGGUUAUUCUUGGGAUAUAAAGGUUAAAUAUGCUUUUCUCUUGAUGUUCGCAGGGGCCCCCUGGUGUAAUGUGCAUCUGGGAUGACAGGUAUUUUGAAAAACCAGUAUCCUUAUCAAUUUUGUCCAAUCAAAAUUAUUUCUACUCAUGUAUGACGUUUUAACUAGUUAAAGUUAUUUUUAUUCUUAACUUUCUCCAUAUUAUUAUAAUUUCAUCUGUUCUUUAACCCUCUGAAUAACAAGGACGUAUAUAUACGCGCCAAAAGACAAGUCCCUGCUACCAAGGAUGUUUAUAUACGUCCUCUCCUCACCAUAGUUUUCCGGUUGCUCGGCGUUUUCAUCUGCGGUUGUUUGAAAGGGUCUGAGAAAGAAGAAUGUUAAUUGCUGAUCUGAAUGUUUUAAAGGAAGUUAUUGACAGUUACAUCACAAGUUUAUGUUGUGUUGUGAAGUACUGAAAGAAGCUGCCGUGGUAGUUGUGACUCCCUUGCCAGAUGACUUACAUUUUCACUGUAUUUACUUGUUUAAGGCAAAAACGCAACAGAAGCAACAUUACUGGUCUACAGUAAUGGUUGUUACCUUCCAUCAUUCUCAAAAUGUAUUUUUGUUCAUCAAAUUUAAUAGAAGUGACAACAAUAGGAGAACGCUUAUUGGGAUGGCCAAAAGCUGGCUGCAGCCGUUUGAUGAUAGAGGUGGAUGCUUAAUUUACUAUUUCAGGACUUACUGACUGAUUACUGGCUGCCUAAUAGUUGGCUGCUAAAUGGAUAUUCAACUGUAUUGAAAUUCCUUAACCUUGUUUAGCUGAUGAUAAUGAAUCAGCUGAAUCCUGUGACUGCAAUUGCCUGGAGUCCAACACGGUCUGGUUUAUUAGCAACAAUUGGUAAAGAAAGUCCCAUUGUUCAGCUCUAUGACAUUCAACAUGCUUCAGUUGGUAAGAUGGCAGAUAUUUUGGAGUUUUCACCCUUUGUUGUCAAAUUUGACAAGUUGUGCACUAUCUUGUGUUCUGUAUUAGGAUGGACCAUUUUAAGUGUUUAGUCUUUUUUUUAACAUUCUGUUUAAAAAAAUGUGUGGUUAAUUUUGAAUAAUAGGAUUGCCCACAAUUGGUUAUUUUUUACUAACCUGAAUACAUUUAACUUAGUUUUCUUUUCAUGUGAACUCACUUUCCUCUACAAUUAUUAUUACUGGGUAUAGUUCUACUUAGUUGUAACCAUUUGAGUCAAUACGUAUUUCGCUCUUACUAAUAUUGCUUGCUAAUCUGUUCUUUUCAGUUUUUUCCUUUUACCCAGUUACUCUGUUUGUAGUAGUUUUAAAAGAUCACUUAAGACGUACUUGUUUACUAAAUUCAGUAAAAAUGGAUCAUUCUUUUUAUAGAUUUGUAUAUAUUGCCUUAGUUUUAAUUUUUCCCCUUUUUUUAUCAUUAUGAAUAUGGUUUAAUAGUUGCUUUAGUUUUAAUUUUUUCCUUUUUUAUCCAUUGUAAAUGUAAUAGGAUAUGGUUGUAAAUUUGUAAAUAUUUUUCAAUAAUGACUGUAAAGCGCCUUGAACAUAGGAUAAGAGCGCUAUAGAAAUAAAGUUAUUAUUAUUAUUAGUACUUGCAUUUAAAAGUAUGAUUUUAAUACUCACCUUGAUUUAUGACCAAAGCUCACUUUUCAUGGGUAGUGUAUCUUAAAGCUAUUCAUUCUUGUAUAAUUAUUUAUCAAAAUAAAUGAAAUGAAACUGGUUGAUCAACCUGGUUAAAUUGGUUGAAAGUGAUGGGUAGAAUGUAUCCACAGAUAUGUACAAGUAGGCUUGGUUGUCAAAUAUUGUGUCAAGCCAUUCUACUGUAAUUUCCACAUAUCUUAAUUUCAUCCUGCAUUUCAGAAUGAUUGAGUGGUUUUUCUGUGAUGAGAACUAUUGUCUAAACUUGUUUUCUGUUAUCACCAUAGGGUCUCCGGCUUACGGAGUUGUUUACGAAACAGAACCAUCAUUUAUAGAAAGAAGUGUACAGCGUAAGUAAUUUUUAACCCUCUCCUGUUCUUGCUUGGUUUCAGUCACCUUUGAUAAAGAAGUUUUCCUACUGAUCUUAAAGGAAAGUGUGCUAUAAGAUGCAUCAAUGUUGCCUAGAAGUCAACUUCAAUUUUGACUUAACUUUAACUAGGAAACGCUUUGCAAUUAGCAAAGGAGGCCAAUUCUAAAGAGAUGAAGGAUUGGGAAGGAAAUAUUUUUUUAGAAUAUGAAAACCUAAACUUUCGAAAAAUUUUUCAGUUAUGCUGUUUAUAAGUGUAAUGAAACUAUUUAAGGUUGUCUUAUUAACUAAAGACAAAUAGUUUCAAAGAUAAGAAAAAUAAUAAAUUGUCUUAAGUUGUACUGUUAUUGUGUAUCGGGCAAAUCCUUUCCUUGUCCUGUAAUUGAUUCAAUUGAAAAGUAUUCCUUUGUUGAGUAGAUGAAGGUCAAAGCAAGGGAAAAGGUAUUAAUUUUAACGCAAAAAUUCCUGCAACCUGUAGUGCGCGUGUAAAAGCAAAACAGCCUUAACUUAUUUUGAAAUGUUCUUACUGUUCGUUGUUUCACUUAUCAUGGUUUUUUUAGCCUCACGAGCUGCUGUAUCAUCUUUUUCAUGGCAUCCUACUCAAGAAAACCACAUGCUCACAAUAUCUCCCUCAGGUGAGUGUUUUGAGAAGCUGUCCGUAGUAUAGAGGGUGUGACUAGAGUGAUGCGCAAUGACAGGGGCUAGUGGUGCUACCAUUUAGCUACUACAUUUGAUUGACAAGUUGUCUGACAGGCAAGCAACAUUUGCAAGUAACUGUUAGUGAAAAAAGGGGGUUGGUAGACCUGCACAACUGCUCUGGGCUUGUACACUUCACACACUUUAUUAUGUAUUCUCAAUUAUUUAUUAUCAUUUUUCAGGACACAUACAAGAUUGUACAAUUUUUGAAAGAAUAUCAGUUGUGAGUAUUGCUCCUGUGAAUUAAAAUAAAACUUCCAUAAUUUUGGAAAAAGACUGGAAGAGCAAGAACCACAAAGUAACAUCCCCUUUGUACCAGAGACCAUCAUUUGCAUCUUCUAGUUUUGGCCAUGUCUUUGUAGUAACCCCUUAUUUAGCCUUUCAUUUAUUUGAAGAUGUGCUAAGACUGCAGCCAGUCCUCGAAACAUCCCACAGUAUGUGAGAGUCAGAGAAGACCUUUGGUGAGGCCUUCGAAGGGGUAAAAGUGAUGGGCCAUGUGAGCCUGAAAACUGACAACAUGGGAUUUUCUUAGCUUCAAAUGACUGUAAUGAGCAACUAAAAAACAGCCAGCCGUGAACUUCACCAAUCAAUCAAACUUCACCAAUUGAAAAAAAUUUGUUUCGAUUGGUGAUCUUUGAUACAAUCAGAUAAUUUUUCAGUACAUUGAAUUAACUACGAGUUUCUUAAUUUUCCUUAUGACCUAUCACUGAUCCCUAUUUUCUUUGAUUAGUGCAUGACAAACACGGAAGAAAGUGUUAAAAUUGUAAUAGAAACAGUCAGCUGUUGGUUAGGCAACACAGCUGGAAAGCCUAUUUGGUAGCCACGCUACCACAAAAAUUUGUUGAAUUAAUUGUUUGGAUCGAAAAUAAUUUAAAUGCCUUCGUUUUUCCUGUUUUAAUUACAGGCAUGGGCACCCAGCUCACAUCUCACAUGGGGAUGUGGAAAACAUUUACUGGAAUGUUCCCAACAGGUUAGUGUAGUAGCUAGGUAGGUAGGUAGGUAGGUAGGUAGUUAGAAACACGCUAGCCCCAACAACACUUGGCAUGUUUCCAUGGAAAGCAUGUUAACACAUAUAAAUACCUUAAAUAAAUUCCUAAACUAAUACUAAAAUUUCUUUUGCUAAAACUACCAUUGCUAUUCAUGUAAGUCAUAUAAAAAGUUUUAAAUGAAGAGAUUGACCCUAUAAAGUCCUUCUUGAGAAUUAGUAAUGUUAAUAAUAUACAGGGAUGAGCACUGAAUUUGAACUGAAGUGACAAAAAAGGAAAGACAAAGAAUUAACACAGUUGUUUUGAAAUAAAAUAAAUUCAGUGUUGCGGACUUCAGUACACAGCUUUUCUUCCCAACUUGUCACAUGCUUAUGACAUGGUUUAAGUUAUCCAAGGUAAAAUUAUAAACAAAUGAGGGUUCGAGUUACCGAGGGUAAAAUUACAGUAAAUGUAUGAACAAAAUCCAGGGGAAAUUUACUUUGGUUCGAGAUAGAGAGGGUUUAAGUUAUCUAGAGUCAACUGUAUUUUGAGGAAAUCUUCAUGUACAUAGUUACCCUAUACCUCCAGUCCUUUUUUCCUCAUUCAGUUUGUUUAUUGGUGUAAUUGCUAACAGUUGUUUAGGUAAUUGUAAAGAAAGGCUGCCCCCAAAACACUGUCAGCUGACCAUUGGUUAUAGGUUAACAGUCAACAGUAUUUUUCACAGUCACAAUUUUUUAUACUCAAUUGUGUUUAUUGAUGUGGUGACAGCCUGUAGAGUCUUAUGUGGAGGAAGACAUUUCAGUGAAGAUGAAGAAACGGGCAUUUGCAGGAUAUGGAAUAGAACAUCAGCAGGUAACAUUUUUAUAUCAUACAUCUUGUUAGCCUGAUGAUAAGGCACUUGACUGUUGACCAGGAUACUUUUCCUCCACCCAGAUGUCCUUCUUUAGGCAGGGGCGUUCCGUGCACUAUUGGCCUAAUGCCUCUUACAUGUGUUUUAUUGGUCUGUCUUGUCAGCACCCAAAACAAUUCUUUGCAGGUAGACCCUGACAUCUGUGGCCUUGUUUAGUAUGAGGGGGCAUCUAUGAUCUGUUUCUCAUAAUAGUUGCCAUCAUUAUCAUCAUCACCAUCAUCAUCAUCAUCAUCCUCCAGCCUGUCCAAGGAUACUUUGCACUACAGUCUACAUUGCGCAGUUUAGGGUUCCUCAUGAGAAGUGAUGAGAUGACACCCUCCUCUAUUCUCAUGCAGGGUAUGAGCAAAAGAUGAUAUGUGCGCCUGAGCAUUUUUGUGACAUUGAUGAAAGAUUCCCAUAUAUUAUUCUCUCUCUUGUUUUGUGCUGUGUGCAGAAUAUUUUUGAAUGUACAAUAUUGUUUAUUAUUAUGCUUGUAACCAGCUGGGUAGCAAUUAUGUUCAAAAACAGUUUGACAAAGCCCCCCACAGAGUUUUAAACAUUUCCAUUUCCUUUUUAAAUAAUUUAUUGUGCAUACUAUUUCAUUUUGUAAUUUUCAGAUGCAAGACAUUGCGAAAAUAGUAGCUGAUGAUCCCAAACUAGUUAAAUUAUGGUCCUGGAUUUCUCGUAUCUUUUUUAUUUGUUGGUUUUAAAUGUUCUGCUCCUUUGGGUUAUGGAUAAUUAAAAUGAUCAGACUACAACUGUUCCAGUUUGUCUAAGAACACAUAUUCUGCUCAUUUUCUCUAACUAAGGAGACUUUUGCAACAACCUUGGCUGAUCAAGUUUAUCAAAAUCUUUUUAACACACCACAUAUCUUCACAUAGAUCACUAGUUUGUUUUCUUCACCAUACAGACUGGUAAAUGAUCCUGUGCUUAUUUUAAAAACCCAGGGUAACAGCCAUGAGAGAAUGAAUAUUAUUAUUAAUUUUAUUAUACAACCAUCACUGAAAAUACCAGGUCAGCUUUCUUGCACAUGAAAAUAACUUGUUAUCUUCACGCAUAAAAAGAUCACUUUUGCUAUGGUGACAUGAUAAGUCAUUCUUUUUGCAACCAAAAAAAAUAUGUAUCAAAGUGACUCAGAAAUGAUUUGGUAUUUCAUUUGGUGAUUAUGUAAUAAAAAGAACAUUCAUGACAUGGUUGAUUGGGGAUAUGAAAUUCCUUUCCUCGUUUUCAAAGGUGAACGAGUGGAAUAUUUUCUCUAAUCAACAUUUGAAAAUAAAAUUUUGUAUCGCUGCAUGGCCUUGCAAUAUCCUCUGUUAUUUCUAAAAAUACUACUUAUUAUAUUAUAAUAAAAAUUACAAAGACACGCUGGGGUUUUAUUAUUGAGUAGGAGGCCUGUUAAGUUACUUAAGUAAAUGUUUUACCCAGCCAUCGCCAGAAUGUGAAUCAACCUUAAUCAUGAAUCAGGUGUGAAGAAUUUAAGGGAGCAAGGUAUGUCACCAAGUUUUUUCUCUUUGUAUAUGGUCUUGAUCCUACCCAAGAUCAUCAUCAGUCAUUAGUCCCUCAUACCUUCAUUAAAACCAUGUAAGAUGCAUUGCUUGAUUUAAAAAAAUGGCAAAGGACUAUAUUUUGCAUCAGUAACUUAUAACAGUACCCAUUAGACUGACAAUGAAGUAGAUAAUCCCCUUAUUUUACCCCCUCUUCCCACCAGUGUCCCAUUUUAAAGGAAUUUAAAGCUACAUAAAACUACACAGAAAGGUGAGAAGUUGAAACAAGGAUUUGACGUCACACUAUACCUGGGAAUCAAAAUCAGAACUUGUCACACAGAAGGCCACCCACUAUCCAACAGUGCUAAUCCUUUGUCCUUAAAAUGAAUCAAAAUUAUGAUUUACUCAAUCACAUUAACAAAAUUUAUAGACCUAUCCAAUUUACUAAGAGACUUGGGAGUUUAUCAUUCUAUAACCUGAUAUGAAUGGAUGAUGCAUGGACCAAUUGCUGCACUGCACAAAGUUUUUGUCCCGUUGCUUUUUGUUGUUUAAGAAUCUAAUCAUCUUUUUUUCAGAAAAAACUAAAAGUAUUAAAUAUGAAGGCAUCAAGUCUAUUAUUGAAGGAGAAAACAGUGCUGGAGGUAAUUAAUUUUAUCGUUACAGUGUUUGAGAUCCCAGUAGGGGGCAGGGGGACUCGCCUAUCCAAAUGACAGGGUUGACAAAAACACCAAUGACUGCCACUGGAGUUCUUGUGGUACCUUUUAGGUGCCUUGGCAGAUCAUGAAUUUGUCACUCAGUUGAAUUAAGGGCUGUAACCCAUAACACUUGUUACAGCUGAGCUCACUUCACUUGAUGUUACAGGUGAUCGAAGAGGGAAGCUAAAGGCGACACUAUAAAGUUUUGGGGAAGGAUCAUGUUAUGGGUGAAUCUUUAUUUGCUACAGCUGCUCCAAAAAUUAAUGACAUCCCUGAUAGGGGUCUUUUAGAAAAGUUGCAAUGGGUCCCAGGUGCAAUUAAUCUUUAUUUCUAAGAGGUCAUCUUCAUAACCUAUUGUCCCCAUCACAGACAGAAAAUAAUACUUCCUGACGAUUUACAAUUACUCAAUUAAUGUUCCCUUUGUAGCUGUAUGUGCUAGGGUCAGAAAUGACUCAUAUCAAGAACAGCGUCUUGUAGCUCCUAUGUAUUUUAGCGAUGAGAGGUAAGAGAAAAAAAAAUGAUGCAUAUAAUGUGUAGACUGUGUCUUUGCAUGAUAUUAUUGAUGUGGUAAAUUCCAUACUGGUACAAAAUAGAAUGAUGCUGGAGUCAAACUGAUGCAAAAAUACAGUGGUGAGAGCUCUCACCUUCUACUGGGCAUUGACACCAUAAUGUAGGUUGAGUUUGUUGUUAGUUAUCUCGCUUGCUCCCUCCGAGAGUUUUUUCUCCAGGUUAUCCAGUUUUUUUCUCGCCCCAAAAACCAACACUACCAAAUUCCAAUUUGAUCUGGAAUGCACUGACACAUCAAAGCAAGCUCUUAACAACUCCUAAGUGUUUCAUGGAUAAAUAAAUAAAUUACAGUAUAUUUACGAUUUUUCACAAAACAAAUUGCAAUUUUUUUAACAACCAUGACCACACCCAGUGUAGAGGGCAUUAGAAGUAAAGGAAUGAAACAGACAAUUUCUGGUACAGCUUUCAAGGGACAUAUCAGCCUCAAGUUUAUACCAUUCCAAUGGGCUGAUGAACUGUCUCUCCUUACAUACAAAAAGAUGACUCUCCUUUUGGACUUACGGUAAUUUUUUUUACAAAAUUACUCACCUACAUUAUUGCAGCAUUUUGUGAAGGUUAUGAAUAUCACACUACUUUUAUCAUCCAUAGAAAGCUGGCUCUUUCUCUCUGUGGAUGGGACUUCAAAAGUGCUGGAAAACCUUUGUCAGAAUUCCUUGAAGAGUAAGUACUAAGUGAAAGAUGUCUUUCAUAACCUGAGGGUAAUCACUGGAGAAAAGCUAAAAAAGGAAGAAGAGAAUGGGGAAAAAUCACUUUGCUUUGGUUUGAACUGGGUAGCAAAGAAACAUGAAGGAUGCACAUCUUUGCUACUAAGCCACAAAACCUGCAUACUAAAUUAUGUUGAAUGUUUUCUGCUUAAUGAAACCGACUAAACUUGACCCACCUUUGAAAAAGAAACAUCUGCUUUUAAGCUAUUUGAAAUUCAAGCGUGUUUGCACAAACCUAUGAUGUACUCCUGGAAACAAACAUUGGUGAUUGGACAUCUAUGUUGAUAGGUGUUGACUGAUAUUGACUGGUAAUGUUACAGUGCACCUGCAUGACAUAUAUAGGGGCAUUCCACUCAUUAAGAUUUUGAAUGUAUUGUAUCAUUUCUACCAUCAGACUUCAGACUAGUGGACAGCAAGAGAGAGCUGCUGCUGUUGCACUUUUCAACAACAAGAUCCGUGACGCAAUCAAAAUACUAAGCUCAGAUAGGUUGAGAGAUAACAGCAUGGGAGGUACAGGUAAGAAGGAUACAUUUAACCCUUUAAGCCCCAAUAUCCACAUACAAAUUCUCCAAACUGAUCUCCAUACAUUUCCUUAAAGAAUGAGGUGAGAGAAUUUGAUAAAAGAUCAAAGCAUUUUCCCUGAGGUGAUCUCAUAAUGUAUCGAUAUUGGGAGGAGAAAAUUGAUGUUGGUCACUCUUGGGAAUUAUAAAGAGUUAACAAUAAAUUAUUGAAUGGCGCUGAGUAUGAUGUCAAGAAUUUUUCAGGACAGCUGCGGUGGAUAACAGCCUCUGAGAUCUGCAUAAUUCUUCACAUACUUAGCCCCCUUCAUAAAUAUUGUUUUAUUACACAAUCAAACUAUUGCUCUUAACAAGCUUUGUAAUUCCUCAAAGACUUUCUUCAAAUCAUUUACCUAUUUCUCAGCACAGCUUCAAGAUAUAAACAGCUGUUGUUUCUUGCAGAUACUCUUAAGAAGGUUUAUAACAUCCAUCAAGAAAUAUGUUUUGCAUAUUCUUACAUUUCUUCCAUUCAGUUUUAGUAAAAAAUUCAGCUAUUUUGUCAAGUCCGAUAGCUGUGAAUGCCGUUUUUGUUCGUUCAUGCGGGAUUAAACGGCUAUCGUGCUGUGCUUGGAAAUAGGUAAUUAGGCAAUAAUACCAUUGGAUUGAUGGUAUACUGAAGCCUAAUCAUUGCCCAGCAAAAGAAGGAAGAAACAGGUUAAAAAUAGUAAAAGGAGAGGGUAUGAGAGAAAGGAAAACGUGAAAGUCAAGAUCACUGACAAAUUUAAAUACACGGUACAUUCAAACAUCACCAAACCCAAAAGUGAAGAAAAGUGAAAUUCUCACUAAGGAUAAAAUUAAACCAGAAUUCACAACUCAGAGAAACAUAUCCAUACUCUUAAUGGAAUCUUGCUCUAGGGAAUCUUAAAAGGUAAUCCAAGAUUGUUUCUUCCGUCAAAAUUGUUUACAAUCAUUAUGUUGAAUCCCCCUGAAGAUGCAGAUCAAGGUACAGAAUUUAGACUCCGAUACACCAACACAGACAUUCUACACAUAACAAAAAACAACAGUCUCAGAAAUGUGAGAGGCGCCAGGAUUUAAAAUAUAUUGGUCAUGUUUGCUGUUGUCAAAACUCUAUGCUGACAAAGAAGAUGUUGUUUGUGAAAUUGAAGUGUCCAUACCAACGGCACCCUUGGAUAAAUAUCGCUAAACUAUUAAAUGUCUGUAUUUAGCAGUCAAAGUUGUCUAAGCGAGAUAAAAGUUGUUUCGCUGCAUUGAUCAUAGUCGCCAAAUGCAUGCAACUCCAUGGUAACAUUAUUACUGACUGGAGGAUUUAAUUGUACUAAUACAAAAUAAAGUUUCCUGCUGAAUGACUUGUAUGGCAAGAUGGCUUGAUAUUGGCUAAGUUACUGUUUUGGGCCAACAUGCAGCCAUUUUGACCAAACAAGCCUGGUCAGUAAAGAAUUUGUUAUCAUUUGUGGCAAAAAGAAAUUUUUUUUCUCUAAGCAGGUGGUCCUGAUUGGGUAAAAUAGGCUUACAGAGCCAGCUAUGAUUCAAUGACAUCAUUCUUCAUCUGUUGUUCUAUCUUACAGGUACAUGUACGCUAAAUGUGGUUGCCAUGGCAUUGUCAGGUUAUACAGAAGAGAAAAAGACCCUAUGGAGGGACAUGUGCAGGAGUCUUUGUGGCCAGGUCAGCUGAUGCCGCACUACCAUCAAAACUCAAAAUAAUUCUCUUUUGCUCAUGUUAUUGGAUGCAGUACUCUAGGACUGCAUGUUUUAUAGUGUCCUUUAUAGUGACAGUUUGCUGUGAGAUGGUGUGAUGAGAAUUUCCUUAGAAAGUAUUGUACUCUGGAGGCUGAAUAGUCAACUUUGAUUGAUGUGCAACAAAAGCGCAAAAAUACAAUCAAUGUGGCGGUUAAAGGACGCUAUUGUCUUGGCACUGUAUCUAUUUAGUGCUGAAAGAUGCUGCUUGAGUUAGAAUAUGGUGAUGAUGUUGUGAUGUACAGCUGUUAUUGUGUCAAAAUUAAUGGUUUGUAGUUAGAACCUCUAGUAUUUGGUGGUGGGAAGGGUGGGGAGGGAGGUUAGAACUGCUGUCUGCACUAUUGUGGUUUGUAAUACCUUUGAACCUCCCAUAAUCAAGCCACCACCCAAAAUGCAAAGAGUUAAUGGUUACUUACGGGAGGUAGUUGCUUACGAGAGUCGCACUGCAUGGGCAAGGUUGUUUAAGAUGAGAAGUCUGGACACAUCUUCUUUUGAGAGAGAUUGUAUUGCAUACGAUAUUUAGGUUACAAUAUAUUAAAAUAUGUAUAUACAUAUUGUUUCUAAAUGUUCUUCUCAUACUCUGAGUAGCUAGGAACAUACAGCAAACACAAAGAUUAGACCACUGUAUUAGGUUGUCGCUUAGAACAGGGCUCGAAGUUAUCUUUUUAGUGCACUUGCAAAGUUUUGCUAGGAAGAUUUUUUUCGACUAGCAAACUGGUGAGACCACAAGCAAUUUAUUUCCCUUUGUUUGGGAGACAUGGAUAAUUCUAACUCGCAAUCGUUUGCUAGUGGAUAUUUUUCUUACUCGCAGAUUAUCAAAAUCACUCGCAUUUUGCGAGUUUGCGAGCGUUGAUUUCGAGCCCUGUUAGAAGAGGUUAAAAACAAUGGAAAAUUCUAAAACUGCAUGUUAUCCUAAAAUAUUGGUCACCAGUUGCUUACAAGAGGUGACCUUGUAUGAGAGGUUCCAACUUGAAGGCUUUGACUUGGAAUAUUUUGGUGUUUUGGAUGUUAAGUAGACGCUUAGGAGAGUUUGCACAUGUACAGUGUCCUUGUGAUGAGAGUUGACUGUUGUAACCUCAACAAAAAUGUACUGCACUUUCUCUACAGAUGGAAAAUCCUUACCUAAGGGCAGCAUUUUCAUUUCUGACUGCAGAAGCUGAUCACUUUGAUGGUAUUUUGGUGAGUUGAAUUCAACAUAAGUUAAGCAUUGCCAACUCUGCGUUACAGAGGUUUUAAGUAAAGCCUAAUCUCGAUAUGAUGUCAGUAUUGCUGUGAUCACUAGGAAAGGAUCGCCGAUUAAAAGAUCCAGCAAUUACUGAUUAGUAACAACACUUUGAUGGUCGCACCGAUGGCAAACUUAAAUCUGUAAAUUAAUGUCAGUUUCCAUGUAAUCAGAGCUAGAUAGUCAAAACAGUCAGUGGUUUGAGACAGUUCUAUUUACAUAGCUAAAGGAGUUGAAAUCCAUUGCCUCUGUAGAGUCAGCUAGCUGCCUUCUAAAGAUACCAUUGUGUAUUAAAUCAGGCCUCACGUUCCUUUAUUUCUGCCCACAGAUAUAAGUAGGCGAACAUGUUUGCCAUUUACCAGUAGUGUCAAAAAGCUGACCAUGAUUUCUUGUAUGCGGUCAUUGUUUGUGGUCAUCUUUGUUUUACUCAGUUGCUAGCUGUUUUUCCCAUUUUCACCUGUAUUUAUGGCAAAUGGUGUCUGUUAGUUAAGCUGUCUUUUGUUUUUUCUUUAAGGCUGAAGAGGGAAUAGAGAUAGAAGACAGGGUUGCCUUUGCAUGUAAAUACCUCCCUGAGAAAAAGGUAUGCUGUUUUAAGACCCACAUUUCCAUACUGUAAAUCCUCUGUUAGGCUCCUGGGGGGCUUAUUUAUUUCAAGCCCAUUUUGGCUUGUUUGACGGGGGGUGCUUAUUUAAUUUAGAAAAGACGAUAGUAUGAGCUCUCCUUAAAGAACUAGAAUACAAAGUGGAAAAGCUCAAGUACAAGAAGGUUGGAUGUCAUGCAGCCGAGGAUCAGAAUCAAAUCCGAACUUCCAGUCAGUAAAUAAACCAUCCUGGAUCAGUCCACACGAAGUUUUACAGUUGUGAUGGAUUAUUACAGUCUAUCAUUUUUUAGUGAAGAAUAAUGAGGAGGGGAGGGGGGCUUAUUGACUUUCUUCCCCUGAAAAGAGGGGGGGAGAACUUAUUUGAGACGGGGGGCUUCAUACAGUAUCUACAUAUUCUCCAGCGUGAUCUCCAACAUUUCAGCAAAGCAUAGAUCAAUUAAAAGCAUUUUUCGUUGUAGCCUUUAGUGACCAGUUUAUUAAUUCUCCUAAUCUUUCUCUUGAUAAUGCAUAGAUAUUUGUUAGGAGAAAAUUGAUGUCGGUCACUCUUGGGACUUUAAGGGCUAAAACUAUUCCACAACAUGAAGGGAAAAUAAUGUUUCUUGUGCUUUGUUUUCAACGUGACGAUCAGACACAAGUUAAGUUUUUCCAGUGUUAAUGUUUUUUUCUUCAGUUAUCUCAGUUCCUUGAGAACUUGUCUAUAAGAAUGAGCAAUGCUGGUGAUUUAGAUGGCAUUCUCUUAACAGGUACGUAGGUGAAAUCAGUGUAGAAUUUUUUAUUAUUGUGAUAAUAUCAAUCAUUUGUCUUCUAUGUGCCCUAGAAAAUGAAAAAUAAAACUAGUACACAAUGAACAGUGUUUUUGCAUUUUUCUUGUGUUUUAGGAAUCUCCUUGGAUGGAAUAAAUUUGUUGGAAAAAUAUGUAAAUAAGGUGAAUUGUUUUGUUGUUGUUGUUUUGCCCAGGAGCAACCAGUAGAUCAUGAAUUUGCAAGAUUAAUCCAACACAGAUGCAGAAAACCUACAAGUAAAAAACUUUUUCGGUGAUUGUGUAAAUUAUAAGUGGUCAAGCUUUCCACAUCCCUGUUGCAUUUCUUGCCAAUUUAAAGAAGAUGUAUCAUUAGAUGCAGUCUAAUGUGAUCACAGGAGCACAAGUUAAUAAUCUGUUAAGUAAUCCUUUCACAGUCAAUCAAUUGAGGUUACUGGUUAAAUGACCACCUACUCUUCCCCUAAGUCACAAUUUUGCCCUAAGUGAGAAGAAAGUGUUAAUGUUGAUUUAGGGGAGGGGUGGGUGGUCAUUUACAACCUCAAUUGAUCCCCUUUCACUGCCUACAGUGGCCAAACCAAAAAAAGUUAGAAAUUCCCUUCUGCAAAAAUCCUAGGAAAUAAAAUAGUACUGUGUAAAAGUUCUGCCAAAAAGGUUUUAAAUGAAUGGUAACACCACAUGAUUUAAAAAGCAGAUAAAAUAAAAAUGCUGUAAUUUUAGUAAUUAAUGAGAAUGAUUGAGAAGGUAAAAAAAAUCAUAAAUUGAUUUCAAAUGUAUUGAUUUUGCAGACAACUGAUGUCCAGACAGCAAGUUUAGUUAUUGUUAAUUGUGUUCCUCACAUACCUAGUGAAGUGUCAAAAGAUGCCAGAGUAUUAUCUUGGAUUGAAAAGUAAGUGUAUUACUAUUCAACCAUGUUCCUGAUGUUAUUACCUUUGAUCUCUGAGUCAGUGUCAAGUGCUUGUAAAAUGGGGAGAGUACAAAAACUGCAGACUGUAUUGCUUCUUUGAUUUAAGCAGUAUGAAGUGAAUAGGAAGCUGCAUGUAAUCUUAGUAAUAAUAAAAAUUUAAUCUUUUUAGUUAUAGAAAUUUACUAGAUAUGUGGAGACUUUGGCAUCAAAGGUAUGAUUAUCUUUAUGAUUCUUUUCUUUCAAUAAACGAAAGACCUGCCUGAUUCAGAUUGUAGAAAUAGUAUUCAUUCUUAAUUUAAUCUGUCUCCAACUCCAUAUCAUUUGAAGCAAAUUUUUCUUUCUUUUCAUUGGCUGAGAGCCCACCACGUGACCUGCAAAUAACUGCCUACAAAUAAUGGUCUGCUCAUGUGCAAUGCCGUCCAACUGUGUUUGGCUGCAAAUAAUAUUCUGCUCAUGUGUAAAGGAAACUGUGCUUUUCUCCUUCUUGUGAUUGCUUUUGCGUGAAAAUGGCAGAUUGCUUCGCUUCCCGAGGAUAUUCAUUAAAAAAACAAACUUGUUGAUCAAAUGAUAAAACAAUUAUUGAACUCGGUUAUCGCAAAAUAUAAUGAGUUGUCAGUGUCUCACAGAUCAAUUAUUUGCCUCGGCCUUCGGCUUCAAAUUAUUGAUCUGUUCGCCACGGACAAAUCACGAUAUUUUGCUCAACCUCGUCCAAUUAUAAUUGUUAACUAUUUUUUACCAUCAGGUCAUUAUUUGAUAUUCACCGUAACCUGAAGGAUUCCACACAGAAACCUCCCCAACAAGUGUUUGUGUCAUGUAACUUUUGUGGAAAUAACAUCCUCACUAACAUAUUGUCAACAGGUUAGUGACUUACAUCUCCAUUAUGUUCAUCUCAGGUCAUUCAACAUCCGUAGGUAUUUUAUUUAGCGUUGAGUUUCAAAAUGUUUGAAACUCACAUCAGGAUUAGCACAGUCGAUAGCUAGAUCACUUGACUGCAGAGUGGGAGGUUGCAUGGGGCAGCACCAAUGCUCAAGUACUGCCUUUGCCCUUGGCUAGACCUUCAUGUGGCUCGGAUGACCAUGUAAAAUGGCAGUCCUGUCUCCAUUACGAGAUGUAAAAAUAGUGUCCCUGAUUAGUACUUUCGUGCUAAAUACAUUGACACUCAACUAAAAUGCAUUUUUUUUUAAAUUUCAUACUGGGAUUUCCAGGAAAAAAUUCAAACCCAAGAGAAAUCUUCCAAGAAUGAACAUAGGGCUAUGGAUGUUCUCUAGAAAAAAGAUAAUUUUUAUGACAAUCCCAAUGCUACCCUUUAUAGUGAAUGGUUGGAAAAGGGAGAGGGUAUGAGUAAAGGUAACUAAAAGCACUUGCAAUAAUAAUGUCUUACUGAAUGGUGCAUUAAACAUGAGAAGUGAAAUAUAGCAGCAAUAAUUUUGACUAUGAAUUAAAAUUAUAUUGCGGUGCCACUAGUUAACACUGUCUUGCAAUUGAAGAGUGCAGCAAAAUUCUCAUUAACGUUGCAAGUGUAAGCUGGUAAACUAAACAACAAAAAACAAACUCUUAACUUUGUCUUGUAACAAGAGAGGAUAAAUAAAUAUUGAUGUUUUUAACAAAGUUGUUUUCAAAAUUAAUUUUGCAGCCUCAAGACCUAGAAAAUUUGCUCAAUAUUCCAACCCAUCAAACAGAACAAAGGUAUUGAUUCUGCAGUGAAUAAUUUAAUAGAGAGGGAGGCUAUUGUGUGUCAAGCACUGCUUUGAUAAAAAAAUACCUUUGUUAUAGCACAGCCUUACGAAUGACAUCAGAGUGACUGAUCUGCAAUAUUUGUCUGACCCUUAUAAAGACAAAUGUUGGUAAGACCAACAUGACGUUUCAAUAACAGAAGUCCAACAAAAGUGAGGAAUUCCCUAGUUUUCAUUUCAGUCAAUUUUGUUUGUCUGAGUUUCGGGUCUAUAAACAGUAACUGUGCACCUGUAAGUCUGUUUAGUGCACCAUUUAAAGCAUUUUUCUUUGUAUUUUCCUUUGACCUGUCUUCUCCUAGUAAGAAAAUAGGUGCAAGAGAAUCUAAGGUCUACAGCUAUUAAACUGUUAAUCACUCAUAGGUUUUCCAAUAGGUUGUUUCUCUGUUUUGUUGUUGACUUUAAACUUUUUUUGCAGAUCAUGGCCUGUCCUGCUUGCAGGAAACCUCUUCCAAGAUGUGCACUCUGUCUUGUUCAUAUGGGGACAUCAUCGUCACUUUCACAGAAGCCAGCAAUUCAAGGUAAGAUAAGUUCUGAUCUGAAGCUCUGACUCUAAUUCCUUUGUGUUUUAUACUGUAUCAUGUCCUCCACUCGGUUCUCAGAACAUACAUUUCUCUGGCACUGAUGAAGAGAAUUUGGUCCAAAAUAAACUUAUGUUUGUUUUUAUAUCAUCACAAAACACUCUCCUAAACAAUGAGGGAGCACUGUGUAAUGAUACAAGAAGUGGCUUGAUGGGAGGCUAGCAUCACCUUUGUCACAGUGUAUUAAGACAAGAAUGUGGAUUUCAAUUAAUUUUACUCUACAAAUGUUGACAGUAUGUACAUGCCAUAUUGGGGAUGCUCCCAAUAAUGAAAGACAGCUAUAUACUGAGAUAAACGGAAAAAAAUAGAUAAAUCAUCACUAAUUAAAGCAUGGCGGAUGAUUUUCUCUCAAAAGAGAAUGCAAGUUUCUUUAAGAUGUGUUUCCUCAUGUCAAUGAUUUACAGAUCCAAAUGCAGAGAAGCCAUCAAAUGUACGCAGUGUGAAUCCUUUCAACAACUGGUUCACUUGGUGUCAAUCAUGUCGUCAUGGUGGACAUUCUAAUCAUGUUGUCGACUGGUUUAAGUAAGUGGUUUCUGCAGUUUUAUCUGCAAUCCAGACAAAUCAUUGACUUAAAUACACUUACCGGUACAUCUAGAAACUAAAAACGACUUUUUACUUGCUAGAUGAUUUUUUUUUCAAAGGGAAAACAAAUUUGUUACAUUUUAGUCCAAACUUUAAACCUUGUCAUCCUUGAGUCACCUUUCUGUAAAUAUAAAUUUGAUACAAGACCCCAAUGUAAUGAAUGGAGUGAUUGAUAUUAUGGGCCAUAGUUAUGCUAUGCUCGAUGCCUGCUUCUCAUAUUGGACCAUCAGGAUGUUACCACUAGAUGCUACUUUUACUUGAUUCUAUUUGUUUUUUAAUACAUUCAAAACAAAAUUAGGGCAUUUUCAGAAUUUUGUUCUUGGCUACUAUUAGGGGUCAAGAUGUCAAAAACUUUUCCUGGCUAAUUUUAUAACAUUAUUUGGACACAAACGAGAAUGUGUAUUUUUUAUCGGAUAUUAAUACUGUUCAUUUGUUUACAGGGAGCAUACAGAAUGUCCUGUGACAGGAUGUAGCUGUCACUGUAUGAACUUAGACUCUGUUGCCAUGGCAAUGCCAAACAGUGAUGUCCUUGCAUCAGCAUGACAUAGGGAAUUUAACAAAUUACUAUUAUAAUAUUGCAAUAGAAACUGAUUUUAGCUUCAGCUGAUAGACCAUCAUCUUAACAGACCUUUUUAUUUGAUGUUUUCUCAUUGUUUGCCUGAAAACUGAGGACAUUGGUGUUGCAUUCACACCGAUACUGGCACAUAAUGUCUGAUUAAAAAAUUUCUCAUGUCUGACAAAAUUCUACCAGUGGUCAGAUGAUGACCAGUACAGAUCAAAACCGAAGCCUACCUUAUUCUCACUUAAUUUUGCAAAAUCUAAUACUCACAAAGAUUAAAAUCGCAAAACUUAAUAACCAGACAUAUAUGUGUGAGCUGCAAAAUGAAGCUUCCUGCAGAGCAACGUGGUAGUAUAAUGUGGACAGAAGAAGAAACUCCAUAUCAUGUCUGACAGAACAUUACAUGAAGAACAAAUUUUAUCAGAGUGAAAGUGAGAGUGUAAAUAUUUAGUUUGACUGUUGAAAACCUUAUGCAGCCUUUGUUGUUUGUAAUUGUCUUUGUUUGCUGUUGUUUACGAUAAUCUGUUGCUGCUGUUCUGAGUUCAAAGUUACUUUUACAUAUUAAAGAAUAGAAAAAUUGCGAAAUUUAACAGACUCCAGUUCUAGCUUUCCCUAGAAAUUGCGAAGUUAAAUACUCGCAAAAUAUGGCUCAUGAUUUUUAUUGAAAUUCAAUUCUCGUGAAAUUAAGUGAGAAUAAGGUAUCACUUUCUAGCUGAGUAAGAUUUGCAUGGUGGUUAAAAGAACUAAAAGUCAUCCUAAUGUACAUGUAUGUCUGACAACAUUAAUCUGGUAUGUGGCCUGGUUGGGCUAUUGCGGAGCUCAUAACUGGACUUAGAAUAUUGGAAAUACAUUUACUUGAAACUUAGUUUCAUUAAGGAAAAUGAAAUGGAAAUUAAAUAUUGCAGAAAGUAGAACUGCUUUUUUAAAAAGGCUUAUUUUAGACGAUCGAGACUUAGAUAGGCUGUGAAUACAGCUAUCUCGUAUUAGUAAAAUCCCACUGGUGGUCUAUUAUCAAUGCUGCGUUCUGAUUGAUUGAGCUACUACUAGGCUACCGGCAUAUGUUAAAGCCUACUAGUAGCGAAAAGCGCGGGCUUUUUGGCUGCAAAAAAGGAUUAAAGUCUAGCUUUAACUAGCUAAAAGUUUUUUAUUCUCGAUAUUUUUGACCAACUGGUUGGAUUUUACUAAAACAAUUAUUCCUCUCGCCCUCAUGGCCUCUGAGUCAAUAGCUUUCGGCCUCAUGGGCUAUUGACUCAGAGCUCAUUUGGGCUCGAGGAAUAAUUGUUAAUUAUUGUCUGCCUUUGCUAAUCUUGCAAAACAUGAGCAGUGGAGAGAGGUGGCUUUGUAGGUUAGGAUUGACCUAGUCCUCCAAAGAAACAUUUGCUCUGACAGUUUGUUUGGUUAUAUACAGGAAAUACCUAGAAUGCUUACUAUUUUGCUUUACACAAACCACCCAGCUGGAAAUCUGGUGCAUAAACAGAAAACUAUAGUAUUUGAGAUGGUAGGAGAAUAACCCGCUAUUAUCCAAGUCAGCUGAACAGAUUAAAAAGAGUAGAAAAAUAGCAUUGCCUGCAAUCACAGCCCAUAUUUUCUGAAUAGAAUAGCACGAACCAUAGCACGAAGAAUAGAAUAGCACGAACCAUUUGAUGUUGAACUGGAAUUUCUGUAGCCUGUGAAUACAGCCCUUUCUCCUUGCUGCUAGGGACAUUUUGCUAGGAGGAAUGUCUGUGCCUCAGCAACAGGAAUUCCAUACUGGUGAUGUAAAAUCUGUCCGGAAUCUGGUCAGGAACUCUGAUUGGUCGACACAGUGGUUAUAUUUUUUACGUACUGUUUACGAAUGACAGACAAAAGGCCACAAACGUCACAUGUAAAUGGGGUCAUAAAUGUGAUGAAUCUACUACAACACAGCCAAUAUUCCUGGAAUAUUUUCUUGUUGAGAGAAAGCAUUUGAGUUUUGCUACAGCUCGUUCGCAGUGCAGCACAAAACUUUACCAUAAUCAACCAGGAGAAACAUAAAAUCAAACAAUUAAUUUACAUUUGGAACCCCAUGACUACCAGAUAUGUUAUGCAGACAUUGAUUUACACCAUCAGUACGGAAUUUCUGUGGAUGAGGUGCAGAUGUUCCUCCUGGCAAAACGCAUCCCUAGCAGCAAGGAGAAACGGCUGUAUUCACAGGCUAGAAUUUCCGUUUUUCCCAUGUUUCCCACGCAGCUGUUCUUUGUGUCAUCAUGCAGUUAACCUUAAUAGGGAGAGGGCAUGAUCUCAGGCUAUCAUGCAAUGCCCUUGGAGAUCAAUGCGGAGGAUCAUUGCCAGACAACACAAAGGACAGCUAACUAACUGUAUCUCCCCAACAUUUGGGGGUUAUUGUUUUGAAAACGGUUGAGUGUCAUGACCCCCUGCUCACUUGGAUUUCAGCGACCUGUCAGCUUUCUAACCAAAAUGACACAACAAUAAGCAAAAAGAAUUUUUUUUUUAAAUAAAAAAACAAUAUUGAA